AUGAGCGGCGGGCGCAGCGGGCGAUCUGCCGUGAAGAUGGAGGCGCCGUUUUACUCCGAGGAAGGACUGGAGCUGCUACCCGACUUCGUGCCAUUGCCAGGUUUCGGCACCGCCGGCGGACAUGGAGCCGAUACAACGGCGGCGGCCGGGCAGAAGCUGCUGCUGGGCGCCGGGAAGAAGAGGGACCUGGCGGCCGCCGCCCCUGUUCCGCUGCCGGGGCCCUUCGCUCUUCGCCCACCCGCCGGCGCCCGCGGCAGCGCGGCGGCUCUGCGCUUGCUACCGCCGCCGCCGCCGCCCGCCGCCGCCCCGCCGCCGCCCGCCGGCUCCGCGGAGCCGACGGGUGGCGGCGGGGCGACGGCGGCGGCCCGCGGCGGCCCGGAGGCCACGCUGGGCUCGGCCGCGGACCUGCCGCUGCUGAAACUGCCGCCGGCCGCCGACCUGGAGCAGCUGUUGAUCCAGGGUGGCGCGGGGUUGGGGACCGGCAGCCCGGGGCCGGCGGCGCCCGGGGCAGGAAGCGGCGGGGCGCCGGCGGCGGGGCCGUUUCUCUACCGGCAGCCGGUGACGCAGGAGCAGGAGGGUUUCGCCGACGGUUUCGUUAAGGCCUUGGCCGACCUGCACAAGCAAAAUCAGCUCCUGGCGGGGCCGCCGCCUCCGCUCUCCACGCCGGGACCCUGCUGCGCCGCCCGCCCGGGGCCGCCGGGAGCCCCCGCCGCCGCCGACCCGCCGGCCGUCUACACCAACUUGACCGGCUUCAACCCCGCGGGACCGCUGAGCCCCUCGGGCAGCGCGUACCCCGCUGCCGCCCCUCCUCCGCCACCACCGCCGGGCCUGGCCUUCGGGGCCGCCGGUCUGGGGAGCGGUCGGAUGGCGCCGGCGCGGUCCCUGGAAGAGCCGCAAACGGUGCCCGAGGUGCCGCCGUCGGUCGGCGGGGAGGGCGGUAGUAGCGCUCCGACGCCGCCGUCACUGUCGCCGCUGGACGCGGAGAGCCAGGAGCGCCUGAAGGCGGAGCGCAAGCGGCUGCGAAACCGCAUCGCCGCCUCCAAGUGCCGCCGGCGGAAGCUGGAGCGCAUCGCCCGACUGGAGGAGAAGGUGAAGGCGCUCAAGGGGCAGAACGCGGAGUUGGCCGCUACCGCCAACCUGCUCCGCGCGCAGGUCACACAGCUGCAGGGCCGCGUCCGAAGCCACCUCUCCUCCGGCUGCCACAUCAACGCCUCCGGGCACCCGCCGCCCGCCGCCGCCCCGCCGCGGGAGGCGGCCCCGGAGGCGGCUACUGCACCGGAGACGAGCGCCUGCUGAGGAGAACCCGCCGCCACCCGGCCCCGGCCCCCACCGGGGUACCGCGGAGUGAGGCGCCUGCCCGACGCCCAUCUACUGCUGUUACUCUUCUGAUGAUUAAUUAAUAUUAUUAUUAUUUAUUUGCGCCCGGAGAAGGAGGCCGCAGCAGCCGGGCGUGUCGAUGUUGCACUCAGGGGCGAGGGCUCUCCGAGCGUGGUUUUGGGGCAAGUGGUUGGUUUUGGUUCUGUCUGCGUCUUUUUUCCAGUGAAGUACUUGAGGUCUGUACAGUUUUUGGAAAUUAAGGAAAUUCCUGUUUACAGAGAGAUUCAAUUUUUCAUGGGGGAUAUAAAAAGUGUGUUUCCUAAUACACCUUACUGAACUGUAUACCAAUGGAUAAGCUUUUCAAACUUUUUAAAAAAAGCCAGAAUCAUAUGCUUUUGAAAACUUGUGCAUGUGUACAUAUAUAUAUAUAUAUAUACACUUAAAAACAUAAUAUGGCUAUGUAUAUUUUCUUGGUAUCGAUAAAGAACUUUUUUUUUAAAAAUACUGUCUUUCUCUAGAGCUUUAAUUUGCCAUUGAGAAUUAAGACAACCGUGUGGGUGCUCUUGCACUAACACAGCUUCAGUUUUAAAAUUGAACCCUGGAGGGAAAUGAUUUUUCUUGUAAAUCUUAAGGAGGAUAAAAUGCAUUGCUGACUCAGUCAUAUGGAAAUACUUUUUUAAACUGUAUGCUCCAUAUUUCUUGUGCCAAUGCAGACUUGGGGCAUUGAUAGUUAUUUAUUUAAACUUGAACACUUUUGAACGUUGCCUAGACCUUAUUUUUCUAGAUAAUUAGUACUGAAAAUGGCUACUUUGGCAAGAAGAGCUUUACUUUUUUCCUUCACUGUGUACAUUCCAGUAGUGUUUGCUCUUUGGGUAGUAUAGUAGUAAUUCAGUGCUAUACAGAAAAGGGCUCAGAUUUGGGGUGGGCUAGCUGUAAAGGUGGUAAUUCCAUUGUAUUCCAUUUUAAUAAAUUUCAGAAAUAUUAUGGAGAAGUAGAUUUAUUUUUUGGUAGAAAUCCAUGUAUGUUGCUUCUUGGUCUGCUUUGUCCUAAAGAAACUUUCUGCAGUACUCUAGAGACAGAAAGAGUCAGUGCUAGAACGUGAAAUGUUUUCCUGGUUGGGAAAAAUUGAUGUGAUUUCUUUGUCAUGAUUUUACUCGUGGAAGAGAGGAGCAAAGGAACUCUUUCCUCUGUUUAGACAUAAUCCUCAAUAGGUUUUUGAUAGCUUUAGGUCCCUUGCUCCAUACUGCUGCCUGCCCUGCUUCUGCUGCACCUGUAUGUUUUGAGCAUAGCCGCUACCGAAGUGCUGUUGAGCCCUGUGGUGCAGGGAAUGUGGGAAUGGUCUGUCGGAGUGUGAUGUGGUGGUCAUCCCACCAUGAGACCUUCGGUGCAGGGCUGUGGGCUGGACCUGCUGCUGGAGGCAGGCAGGGCUUCUCCUGAACAGAUCCAGCUGCAGAGCAGGCCCAAUCUCCCCUUUGAAACUGUGCUAAAAACUCUGCUUGAAUUCAGAGGCAAAACUUACCUGGGGAUAAUAUAUGUCUGUGCCAGCUGUUAUCAAAACGGGGGACCAACUGUAUGAGGAGCCAAGGGGGCAUAGACAUCUUUAUGUGUAUAAGCCAUUGCUCAGAUCUGUUGAACCCACUCAGGAGCUAUUAAACUUCUCUUACUUCUUUA